ACUAUUCUAUAUCAGCCUAGCUACUCCUAUGUUUUUCAUCCUCAUAUGGGCGAUUAACAUACUAUUCCUCUACAGCACACGAUCCACAUGGUGUUGAAUCUGGCUAAAUCAGCAGCAAACCCUAUAUGGAUAAUCAAGCAGCUUACAUCUUGAUGUAAAAGAAACGGUUAUUCGCUUCUUCUUCAGCUGCCGGUGAAGCUUGAACGUCUGAGCUCUCCCUGUGAUCAGCCGCGGACGUUGAGAAACAGAAGCUGAGUUAUCCGAGUCUCCACAAGUGCUUUCCUAUGAAGCUCAAGGAAUUUGACAAGCCAUCGUACAGUUUGAAUGGGAUAGAAGGUUUCCCAUAUGGAGCUGAAGAUGGAAGUGAUGAUUAUUCCGGGGGCGAUCUUUCAUUUCAGUCGAUGGAACUUGACCCAUGCAUAGCAACCAAUGAGCUUAAGAUCUCUGUCGGUACUUGGAAUGUUGCUGGUAGAACUCCAAUAGGAAGCUUAGAGGUUGAUUUGGACGAGUGGUUGAAUCUCAAGAAUGCUGCGGAUAUAUAUGUUCUUGGGUUUCAAGAGAUUGUACCAUUGAAGACUAAGACUGUGAUAGGAGUGGAAGAUCCCAAGGUGGCAAGAAGAUGGAACCAGCUCAUAGGAAGAACUCUAAACAGCAGGGGCGCAUACCCAUGGUUCACAACACCAAUGCAAAAUUCAAUACCAGGUGGUCACAAUGGCUAUUUGGGGAAUCCCCACUCAGAAGACAGAAAGGUUUACAACAAGCACGGAGGGAAUUCGAUGACAGAAGGAUGGCAAAUACAGGAAGGAGAAAAGUAUACGCUGUUAGCGAGCAAGAAGAUGGUCGGAAUAUUCAUCAGUGUGUGGAUAAGGCAGGAAUUGCCGAGGAAGUACCAUGUCUCGAAUGUGAAAGUUUGCCCGGUGGCUUGUGGCAUAAUGGGAUGUCUAGGAAACAAAGGUUCGGUCGCAGUUAGCAUGUUGAUUGAAGGAACAAGUUUUUGUUUUGUAACCGCCCACUUAGCAGCCGGGGAGAAGAUGAAUGAUAAAGGUCGAAGAAAUCACCAGGUUGCCGAGAUUUUUAAGCGAACUUGUUUCCCCAGAACGCCUGAAGAUCGUUAUUCUCAUCCUCUCACCAUCCUAGGCCACGACCGGAUAUUCUGGUUUGGGGAUCUCAACUAUAGGCUAUCGUUGGAGGGAAGUUCUGCAAGGCGGCUGAUAGUAGGGCAAGACUGGAAGGCGUUACAGCAGUUUGACCAACUUCGAAAAGAAAGAGAAGGAGGAGCGUUUGAGGGUUGGAAAGAGGGUAACAUUGAAUUUGCCCCCACCUACAAAUACCCAGCGUCGAAUUGCAUUAAAUACUCCGGCGGCCAUCCAAGCAGAUCUGGCAAGAAGCAAAGAACUCCAGCAUGGUGUGACCGAAUUUUAUGGUACGGGAAGGGAGUGAAGCAGCUCCAAUAUUUUCGCAGUGAAAGCAAGUUCUCUGACCAUCGCCCUGUUUCUGCGCUGUUCUCUACCCAAAUUGAAAUAAAGUCAUCUAGCACAGGACUUAUUGCAUUGCACAAUAUGCCCAAAGCUCUGUUGGCCACCGACCAUGGGAAGAGCAAACGAAAUGAAGAGAGCAAAUCUACAUUACUGUCACUGUUAACAAAGGACAAAGAAGGCAGCUAAUUCAAGCAAAAUUGUAGAUUAAACUGAUUAACCAGAAUGUCACCCAGACUCCGUAUAUCAAUAAAGCGACUCAGAUCUCCUUCCUAGGUUUUUUCCAACCCAAAUUUUUCUGGGACAGAAGAUAGGAUGAGACUAAAGAUAUACCGUCGACUCUGAGAAUCAAGAUGUAUCGUACUCUGCUAAUGCGGUGGACGGAACUUACCAAGGCAAGAGAAGUACAUUAUGUAAUAUUUUGGCGACUUUCAAUGGCCCCGUUGGACAAUGGCCAAAACAAAAUGUUACUAAUACAAGCAGCGCACUCUUUUUCACAACCCAUUUCUUUUUUAUGCAAUUAGACCAUACAAGGUGAAUAAAGUUCAGUCUCGUUGCAGUA